AUGUUGUCUCAAGCGGGCCGCCGCGUGCGCGGCCUGGCGCUGCCGGGCCCGCUGCGAAUGAUGUCGGUCGUUUCCGAGAGCGCUAUUGACCGCUCGCGGAUCGGACCGAUGGACUCCAUGCUCGGCAGCGCCCACGUUGCGCCAAAGGAGGCCCACCCCGCGACCCGCCCCGCCCCGAAGGUUACCACGCUCGCCAACGGAGCGAGGGUCGCAGCCGAAGACACACCGAACCCGAACGCAGCCCUGGCCCUCGUAGUCAACGCCGGCUCCUGCUACGAGACCCCGGCGUCCUACGGCGCCUCCCAGACCCUCCAGCACCUCGCGUUCCGGUGCACCAAGCACCGCAUGCACCUCUCCACGGUCCGCGAGAUGGAGGCGAUCGGCGCCCGCACGUCGUGCGCGGCCACCCGGGAGCACCUGGUCUACAUGGUCGAGGCGCCCCGGCCGUUCGUGCGCGAGGCCAUGGAGCUCCUGUGCGACACCGCGAUGAACCCGGACUUCUCCUCGGCCGUCGCGCGCUCGGACGCCACCGCGAUGAUGACGCGCGAGGUCGACGCCGUGAAGGGCGACGCACGCAUGCAGAUCAUGGAGGAGCUCCAGCGCCGCGCGUUCCGCGGCCCCCUGGGCAACCCGAUGUACACGGGCAUGGUCCCCACGGCCCAGGCGCUCGAGGCGUUCCACGCGCAGCUCUUCACGGCGGGCUCCGUCGUGGUCGGCGGGUCGGGCGUCGCGCAGGACGAGAUCGUCACGGCCGCGGAGCCCAUGCUCGCGGCGCUCCCGCAGGCCCCGCCGCCGGCGCUCCCGCCCUCGACCUACGUGGGGGGGGACUAUUCGCAGUUCUCCGCGGCCCCCGAGGCCCACGUGUUCGUCGGGCUGGGCAUCGAGGGCGGCUGGCGCAACCUCGAGCGCGCGGUGAAGCAGACGGUGAUCUCGCACCUCAUGGGCUCGGGCGCGUCGUUCAGCUCGGGCGGCCCCGGGAAGGGCAUGCACUCGCGCCUCUACCGCAACGUGCUCGAGGGCGCGGCGCACCUCGGCGUGUCGUCGGCGUCGUACGAGAUGGCCUGCCACGACGACAUGGGCUUCGCGGGCGUGUACGUCGCGGGCGCGUCGGUCAACGCGGACAAGCUGGCGGACAUUGCCGUCAAGGAGAUGCUCGCGCUCGGGUCGGGCGUGACCGAGGAGGAGCUGGAGCGCGCGAAGCGCAUGGCGCUGUCGACGACGAAGAUGAUGCUGGAGACGCCGGCGGUGGUGGCCGAGGACGUGGCGAAGAACCUGGCGACGUGGGGCCGCAUCCCGGAGGUCAAGGAGUACGAGGACAUGAUCAACAAGCUGACGCUCAAGGACAUCGCGGCCGAGCUCAAGGCCAUGUCGGCCACCCCGCUCACAUACAGCGCCGUCGGCCCGCUCUCGAGCUUCCCGUCGUACACGCAGGUGGCCAAGGCGUUCAGCAAGUGA